AUGGCAAAUUACGCCGCCUUCAUGACCCUAUCUCUCUUCACCAUUAUAUUAAUGUCCAUAGCCGAUCCCGUGGCUUCUAGGGGCAACAACGCCGGUUCCGCCGGAUCAUCAUCAUCAGGAGAAGCGUUUGUGGUGCAAGGCAAAGUUUAUUGCGAUCCUUGCCGGAUUCAAUUCCCGACGAAAAUCAGCUACCCUAUUCCCAACGCAAAGGUGGUCCUGGUGUGCCGGGCUCGUGAACAAUCAGGUGAAUCGUAUAACGUUGAGGGAACAAGCGAUGCCAGCGGCAUGUACAGCAUCACCGCCACCGGUGACCACGAGGAGGAGAUCUGUGACGUUCAUGUUACGGAAAGCCCUGACAGUAAAUGCCCGGAGGUGAUGGACGACGAGAGAAGCGCUAGGGUUUCAUUGACGGAUAAAAACGGAGUUAGAGGCAACAUUCGCCCGGCGAAUCCGAUUGGAUUCAUGGUGAAGGAAGUUGAUCCUCGCUGCAAGGAGAUCCUCGCCGAGAUCGGUAUCAUCGGACUUUAA